AAAUAAUAUGGCUCAAGUGUGGGAAACGACAAUUACAUUUCCUUUCUGGCUGGUUAAAUAAUCAGGGGGUGGAUUAAAUUGAAGAGGGUGCAUUAAAUAUAGCAGAGAGUCAAGUGUAAACCGCGUGGAAAUACGAAAGAGGGGACGCUAUAGUCCGAUAAAACUGUGUGUGAACCUCGAUGCCGACAUCAUUUGAUUUUUAUACGUUGCCCAGACUACUAAGUGACUGCUACAGUGAAAUUUUGAUUCGAGUGAUUAACAAUUUAUCUGUAUUUAUUUGUUGAAUUAAUUAUUCAUAAAAUGUCAGUGAAAAAGUUUUUUACUGGGCCUGGCCAGAAUUGGUUAAAAGUAUUCAAAAAUUGGACGAACCAUCUACAAAAAAAGUACCACAAAAGAAAAUGUCACCAUCAGUCGAUCAUCUCGGUGUCGACAUUUGGAAGGGCCAGUGUAUCCACCGAAAUCACAGUACUGGAAUACGAGAUGACGCCAAGUCAAAACAACAAUGAAAUUAAUGAGAACAAGUUCAACGAAAGCAUAGAACAGAGGUGGAUUUGUAAUUAGGAUUAAAUAUUUCAUUUAAUUUGAUGUGUGAUUUUACUUUUUGGUUGGGGGGGUUUCCUACAAAAAAUGGCUGUGAUGAUGUAUUAUUAAUAUUAUUUAUGUUCGGUAUAAUUGCUGUAAAUAAAUUUACUUUAAGAAUUUUGAAGUUUGUGUUUUUUUUUGUACUUGUAACCAUUAUUAGGUGAGUUUAA